AUGGUCCAGCAAUUUAGUUACCCAGCUGUCGCACGAAAAACGGAACGACCGCGAGCAUUCUUGGACGAAAGGCAAUUGCGUCCUCUCUUACCUAGACCCGCUUCGCAUGCAGAACUGAAUUAUGAGAGCUGGACAGGAAUAGUUAAAACUGUGUCGCAUAGUACACAGUACACACUUGUCACAUUUGAUGCCAAAACGUCAUUUCGAGGGAGCAGUGGAACAUUGUUGAAAGGAUCUGAGAAAGGAUGA